AACCUGCACCCGGGGUCCCCACCUGCACUGCCCCUCUGUGGGGCCUCACCCAUGGGCAGUGGUUUCUCUGCUCCUCACGGCCGGUGGGUGGGAGUGGAGGGGAGGGGUCCGCUCUGUCUCUUGCCCCUUCUGGUUCUGUUCCCUCUUCACUUCGGACUCUCCAUCCCCCCAGUUCCUAUCUUUCCUGGUCCCCAAAGAUCUCAUUUCCCCGGGACACUUGCUAGCAUGUCCUCACUGGGACUCUCCUCCAUCCUCCCAGUCCUUGUCCUUCCUGGUCCCCAAAGAUCUCAUUUCCCCGGAACACUUGCUAGCGUGCCCUCCUGCGGGCGUCCUCCGUGGCUCUCACUCUGUCCAUCCUCCCGUCUCCCCGAGUUCCCGUAUCUGUUCGCUCUGUAUCUGGCAUCUCCCAGCUCUCAACAUUCUGCCUGUUGCUCUCUGUCUCUCUGCCUGUCUCUGUGUCUCCGUCUCCAGUUCUCGCUCUCCCUGCCUUGUGGUCUCCUUCUGCCUCACCCUCACUCUCAGUGCCUCCAUCUGGGGCUCCAGGAAUCCUCCCCGCCUCUGUGCGUGAAUGUCCCUUUGCACACCUUUCUCUGUGUCCCACCUCUCCUUGAGCCUCCUCAUCUGAGUCUUCUCCGGGCUUCCCCCUCUCCACCCAGACAUCUCUCCAUCCCUCUCCUCUGGUCCAAGCUGGACUCAACUGACUCGCCACCAAGGCCGCACUUGACCCAGGCCCCCUCUCCAUCCCCACACCUCCUUUCCGGGACUUUCUCUCCCUCACUUUCCCUGCCCCUCCCCACCAGGGUGUCUAUGCAAAUCCUGGGGAGGAGGGGGACAUUUGCCUCCCCCCCACCCCCCACUUCCUGUCCCAGCAGGGGGUAGUGGGGGAGUCCGGUGAAUGUGGUGGGGCUGGUCCCUCACACAGGGCUGCGGUGGUCACAGCUGCUGCCGCCUCCCCAUCAGCCCCCAACCACUUUGAGAUUCAGGUGGCUGGAGGCAGCCUCGGCAUGCCCCUGUGUCUCUCCCCCUCCAGGCUCGACGGGCCACACUUCAGCUGUCUGUACCCAGAUGGCGUCUUCUAUGACCUGGACAGCUGCAAGCAUUCCAGCUACCCUGAUUCAGAGGGGGCUCCUGACUCCCUGUGGGACUGGACUGUGGCCCCACCUGUCCCAGCCACCCCCUAUGAAGCCUUCGACCCGGCAGCAGCCGCUUUUAGCCACCCCCAGGCUGCCCAGCUCUGCUACGAACCCCCCACCUACAGCCCUGCAGGGAAUCUCGAACUGGCCCCCAGCCUGGAGGCCCCGGGGCCUGGCCUCCCCGCAUACCCCACGGAGAACUUCGCUAGCCAGACCCUGGUUCCCCCGGCAUAUGCCCCGUACCCCAGCCCCGUGCUAUCAGAGGAGGAAGACUUACCGUUGGACAGCCCUGCCCUGGAGGUCUCGGACAGCGAGUCGGAUGAGGCCCUCGUGGCUGGCCCCGAGGGGAAGGGAUCCGAGGCAGGGACUCGCAAGAAGCUGCGCCUGUACCAGUUCCUGCUGGGGCUACUGACGCGCGGGGACAUGCGUGAGUGCGUGUGGUGGGUGGAGCCAGGCGCCGGCGUCUUCCAGUUCUCCUCCAAGCACAAGGAACUCCUGGCGCGCCGCUGGGGCCAGCAGAAGGGGAACCGCAAGCGCAUGACCUACCAGAAGCUGGCGCGCGCCCUCCGAAACUACGCCAAGACCGGCGAGAUCCGCAAGGUCAAGCGCAAGCUCACCUACCAGUUCGACAGCGCGCUGCUGCCUGCAGCCCGCCGGGCCUGAGCACACCUGAGGCUCCCACCUGCGGAGCCGCUGGGGGACCUCACGUCCCAGCCAGGAUCCCCCUGGAAGAAAAAGGGCGUCCCCACACUCUAGGUGAUAGGACUUACGCAUCCCCACCUUUUGGGGUAAGGGGAGUGCUGCCCUGCCAUAAUCCCCAAGCCCAGCCCGGGCCUGUCUGGGAUUCCCCACUUGUGCCUGGGGUCCCUCUGGGAUUUCUUUGUCAUGUACAGACUCCCUGGGAUCCUCAUGUUUUGGGUGACAGGAUCUAUGGACCACUAUACUCGGGGAGGCAGGGUAGCAGUUCUUCCAGAGUCCCAAGAGCUUCUCUGGGAUUUUCUUGUGAUAUCUGAUUCCCCAGUGAGGCCUGGGACCUUUUUAAGAUAGCUGUGUGUCUGUAAACCCUGAAUCUCAUCUGGGGUGGGGGCCCUGCUGGCAACCCUGAGCCCUGUCCAAGGGUCCCUCUUGUCAGAUCUGAGAUUUCCUAGUUAUGUCUGGGGCCCUCUGGGAGCUGUUAUCAUCUCAGAUCUCUUCGCCCAUCUAUGGCUGUGUUGUCACAUCUGUCCCCUCAUUUUUGAGAUCCCCCAAUUCUCUGGAACUAUUCUGCUGCCCCUUUUUAUGUGUCUGGAGUUCCCCAAUCACAUCUAGGGCUCCUCCAAGA